UUUUUAAAUACAACGAAUCAGAGGUAACCUAGAUUUCUCAUGAACUUCUUCUGCCGGUUUCACUCUAUAUAAAUAACAAAAGUGAACAAAAGACACAAAACGACAUCGAUAAACAAUCAUGUCACUAAGAUCACAAAGAAAAACCCGUCAAAAUAAUGUUCGUAUGGAGAUCGAGGAGCCGAAUCUGCCGGGUCCAUCUCAGUCACGAAGAACUCAAGAAGCAUCGCAACGUCAUCGUCAAGAAGAAGUCAUUCCAUCUCAAUCGGCAGGAAGUCUAUCUGAUAUAGAACUGGAAGCUCUUGCUGGCGUUGUCAUUCGUUAUAUUCUUGCAGCAGAUCGUUUAAAGAUUCCAGUAACAUCAGCCAACAUUAAAAAAAAUGCUUUACCAGAUCAUGGAUCUCACUACAAAUCGGUUAUGGGAAAAGUUAGAUCUAAACUUCAUACUAUUUUUGGAAUGACACUUGUUGAUGCUGGCUCUGGUGUUGGAAAACAAAUACUUAUUAACAAUCAUCACAAUCCAGGGUUAAUUUAUCCUGAAAAUGAACGAGGUGAAACCGUUUUAUUAUUUUUAUGCUUGGCUCAUAUAUUCAUGGCUGGUGGCAGUUGUACUACCUAUGAUUUGUCCGCUUUUCUUCAAGAAGCUGGAAUUCCCGAUGAUCGUAGACAUGAGUAUUUUGGUAACAUACCCGAUCUGAUCAAUAAUAAAUUCAUACACCAACUCUAUUUGCAAAAGUCCAAAGUUUCCAAUAAUGAAGCAUCUAUCGAAGAAUACAAAUGGGGAUCAAGAGCUGAAAAAGAAAUUGACAAAGGUCAAGUUCUCGAGUUUGUUGCAAUGGUUCAUAAACGUCCAGCGACUUCUUGGCCAGCCCAGUACAGAAUAGUUACUCAAGAUGAUCAAGGUGAUGAGGAUGAUUCAUAGAAUAUGAAUCUUCGUGGUCAUCUACAAAGAUUAAUAGAUUUUAACAUCUGAUGUUAUUAAAUUUCAAAUAAUAACAAAAAAAAAAAAAACAUCAGUCCUCAAUAUUCUCAACA